AUGGACAGCUGUUGCUAUGACUACGCGGUAAAUGUUGUCUUCAUUGAGUUCGCGCUUCCAAUCAAUCGUUUCGGUCAAACACUCGACGCCGUCGACCCCCAGAGGAGACAGUAUUUGGGCCGACGUUUCCACCGAUGCCUUAAACGCCGGGAUUAUCAUCAAUGGCGGCGUAUGCUGUGAAAUAUUUGUACGCAUACCUGACAUCAUAAACCAAAUGCUGGGUUUGUUUUGUGCCGAUUGUCUCGCAAUGUGUCUCGAGAUCUGUUGAAAUCGGUUGUUAUCUGUAGUCCUCGUGAAGACAGCGAAUCCGCGCCACAAGUCGUCGUCCACUCUAUUCGAGUCAUCCCUUCCUUUGAAGGCAUUGUCCAGAAGUGUGCGAAACUCGUCGUCGGCUUUCCGGUCGCC